AUGAGCUUUGCCAGCCAGCUCUCUGACUACUUCCUGUUACUAGAUGACAGUGUCUUUUGCGCCCCCAACUUCAUCAGUCACAUUCAACGGGAGGUGAACACCCUCAUGUCUGAGUCAUGGGUGCUCCUGGAGUUCUCCAACAUGGGCUUCCUUGGCAAACUCUUCCACAGCAGGCACCUCCCGCUCCUGGCCCACUUCCUCCUCCUCUUCUACAGGGAGAAGCCUCUGGGCCAGCUGAUCCCUCACUUCCGUACCCUGCUGGCCCAGAAGGAUGUGAUCCUAAGCAGGCCUUUCCUCUUCUAUCACCGCAUCUCCUACUCUGUCCUCAAUGACAACCAGAAGGCCCCAGCAUUUCAGAGACACCCCCAGGCCCCCGACAACCCACCGGGGACCGUCUUCACCGACAUGAAGGUCUUUGAAGCCCACGCCCCCUGGCAGGCUUACACUCUGGAUGAGUCUUUCUUCUGGACCUACAAUGUCAGCGGGGGGAGCCAUCUAACCGUCAUUUUGAACCACCCAGCGAACUUGAGGAGGGUGCAGGUGUUGACGGGGUCCAUCAUGGACGGGAAGCACACCCUGCAGUGGGGACAGGUAGAGCUGGGCUACGACCCGGAGGACGAGCCUCAGCGCUGUGGCAGCUUCGCCUUGCUGGGCCCUCUCCUGCAGGGGCAGAUGGACCAGGAGAUAGUUAUGAAGAGUAUGGGGUACAAUGUGAGCUGUGUGAGGCUGGUGGCGAAAGCCAGUCAGCUUGGCGGGCUCAUGAUCAGGCACAUUCACCUCUGGCAGGAAAACGCGAAAGGCUUGAGUUGA